UACCCAGAAGUCCGCGCGCGGAAUGUCACCAGGCCGAGCCAAUGGAAGCUCAGAAAGGGCGUUUCCGUUUUUCAAGUUCUGGAGCGCGUGACCGGUAGUCUUUUCUCCAUUUUGUUUUAAGCGGUGGGCGGUACCUGGUCUCAUAGUCCAGUGGAGAAGGCUGGAGAGUGGUGCUCCCCGCCUCGCAGCCCGUGGUGGGAGCCUCCAGUGGUGCUCACAGCGCACACGUGGGAUUGAAGCUCGGACUCGCCACCAGACCCGCCCAGGGCCCGGCCAGGGACCGCCGUUCCUGCAGCGGCUUCUGCUCCCGCCCCGCUCCGCCCACAGAGUGCAAUGGCGGCGCCGGUGCUGAGGAGCUGGGCUGAGGUUGGUGUUACCUUUGAGGACAUUGCCCUGUACUUCUCCAGAGAGGAAUGGAGCCUCCUUGAUGAGGGUCAGAGACAGCUGUACCUCAAUGUGAUGCUGGAGAACUUUGAACUUCUAUCCUCACUGGGUUGCUGCUGUGGGGAAGAGAAUGUGGAGAUCGUGACUGAACAAAAAGUUUCUGGAAGAUUGUCACAGGCAAGGAAUCCAAAUUUACCCUUGUCUUCCCAGAGGAGUCACCCUAGAGUUCAGUAG